CACAAGCGCAACUUUAUCAUUACGCAGCAACAAGGAAGCGAGAGGCACACACCACACACACACACAGAGAAGAGUGAAGCGACUAUAAGAGGUUGUUUUCUCUGCGCGCCUACUUCAUCUGAACCCUGUCACCCGAAGCUUCAACAGAAUGAUGCUGCAGCACUCGGGUCCCUCGCUGGCUGACAUCAGCUGCUCGGCUAUGGUGCCCUGCCUGUCGCCGCCAGGCACGCUCACCCUGGACGACUUCACCAACUUCACCCCGCUGGUGAAAGAAGAGCUGCGGCUGGCCAUCCAGACCAAGCGUCAGUCCAACGGGCUCAGCGCAGACAUCAGCUCAGACGGCGCCAGCUCCAGCUCGGACCGAGCCUCGGAGCACCACGCCUGCGGAUCUGGAGUCAGGAGAGAGAUCACACCUCAGGAGCACGAAAGGAGGAAGAGACGGAGAGAGAGGAACAAGAUCGCGGCUGCCAAAUGCCGCAACAAGAAGAAGGAGAAGACUGAGACUCUGCAGCAGGAGUCUGAGAAACUGGAGACCGUCAACGCCGACCUGAAGGCUCAGAUCGAGGAGCUGAAGCAGCAGAAGCAGCAGCUGGUCUACAUGCUCAACCUGCACCGGCCGACCUGCAUCGUCCGAGCCCAAAACGGCCAAACGCCCGAGGACGAGAGGAACCUCUUCAUCCAACACAUCAAGGAGAGCACCUUACAACUGCACGACCUCACCACCUCCAUCACAUCCGCCUCCUCGUCUUCAUCCGUCUCCACGUUGGCGCCUCUGGACGGAGGGCGUCUGACCCUCGACCACAUUCACUGUCCCGGUCACCUAUGAGCCACCUGUUGUGUCUCUGCUACUUUUCAAAGACUUGCGAUGCCUCCAUCCUGCUUCCACCUGUUUUCGAGAGGCUGGUUGGAGCCUCAGCAUAGACGAGCUAAGAAUGACAGAAUGACAUAUCGUAAACGCCAUUCGGAUGACUCCUCAGUCUCAUUCACUGUCCACAAAGCUGCUAGAGAGAGAGAGAGAGAGAGAGAGAGAGAGAGAGAGAGAGAGAGAGUGGCACAAAGUGACCUCAUCACCUCCCUCUCCAUGAAACCGUAGCUGCUGAUUGGACACAAAGUACACGACAGCACCUUGACAUGCAUUAUGUUUAUUUUAUAUUUUUUGAACAUUACAAACCGUCGAACGGCCAAGGACAGAUGCCAAAGCACUAAAACACAAAACAGACCCUUUUUUUUUUAUUUACUGAUAUUUUUUGAAUAGAUGAAAGUCCAGUUUUUGUACCAAAGCAGAGCGUGAUUUCAAGGUGAUCAAGGCACAUAAUUUAAAAGUUCACCCUCAAAGAAAGUAGACGCAGAUUGACCGUGUGAGUGUGUACCGAGUGUGUUUGAGACACUGACUUUAAAAAGAAGACAUUGUUUGUGCUCAGUGUAUAAAAAAAGUAUAUUUAUUAAAUAACAACUGUAUGAUUUGUCAUUGCCGUUUCAACCCUGUCUGCUUGUACAACAAAAACUAGGGCUGGGUGAUAUGGAGAAAAUCAAAUAUCCCAAAAUGUUUGACCCCGUACCUCGAUAUCGAUAUUGCAGGGUUGACAAAAUAUUUACACAGAGAUUUGUGAAAAAUAGUCAUCAGUAAUGUGCAUAUAAUGACCACGUGGUUAAAGGCAAAUAAAAGAACAGUUAGUACAGUCUGGUAAGUGCAGAAAAUGACAUCACUUUACUGUAAUGCAGCCUUCAAAACCAGGAAAAGAAAAUACUUUUGUCAUAUUACGAUCUUACAAUUACCAAAUCUAACAACCUAUCUAGUCUCAUAUCAUGAUAUUGAUAUAAUAUCGAUAUAUUGCCCAGCCCUAACAUGAAUUUGCUGCUACUACUAACCACUCAGGACCUAUGCUUGCUGUAGAAGUGUUUUUUUUUUGUUUUUUUUGUAAUGGCCUCAUAUUUAAGAGCUAAUCUUUAAGAGCUAACAUCUCAGAAAAGUCAGGUUGUCUGCUAUUAGGGCAGAAGUAGUGGUUACAAAAGGGAAAUGUACUUUGCAGGCAGGGUUUAUAAUUCUGCACUUAUGAAAAAGCUUAGUAAAAAAAUACAAUAUACGCAUAUAUGCAGAUGAUACCUUACUAUUCUUAACAAUUUGAAAUUUGAUGUCAAGCAAAAUUGACCCCAGAAAAAAAAUAAUUUAUAUAAUUUCACACUUACUUAUCUUUCACUUACGUAUUUAUCAUUGCGUUCCAUCUUAAGGUAAACAUAGCUAGUGUUGCUUUUAUACAUCUUCUGUGACGGUGAAGCUCCACAAGUAUGAGUGUUUGUUUUCUACUUAAAAUCUCGUAUAUUCUUAUCGGCUGCGCAUUAACUCUGUGCUACUGUAUGUAAACACCAGAUGCCUCCUUUGGUCUUGGACAGGGCAAAACAAAGAUUGUUAUUUUAUAAAAAAAAAAAAAAGAAAUUGUAUUUUUAUUAUUAAGAUUAGGUUUGGAAGUUGUGUUCACUAGAUAUCAUUAGCUAGGUAUCAGAAGUGUUGCGUCAGCUUUCGGCUGGUCCUUUAACGCGCCUGACUCUGAAGUUAUGCAAGAUGAUGUAAUGUUAUACUGUGUUAUGAACUUUAUAAGUAUCCAGACUUCAACUCACUGCCAAAUAUUUCUUCCUUCUUCCACUCCCCCCUUUUGCCUCUCUGUGGCCUGUUCACUUCAGAGUGAAAUCAUCUUUCGAGAGAAGUGUGGUGUAUUGCACACUUCUCAUUUCUUGUCAAUAACUAAUCGAAGCAUCAAUCUAAAGUGUCCAUCAACAGCCAAUCAUCUGCGAGCAAGACACUGAAACUCUCUUCUCCCUCAGUCAUUGCAAUUCAGCAGCACAUCAAAAGGGAAACUCAGCUCAUCAGUAUUUCAAUAAAACAUAAUAUAGAAAACAUAAUGUUAGCAUCUUUAUCUCAAAGGUUUUUGUCGCUAAUAGGAAAUGUUUUCAGUUCACAACGGAAGAGUAAUAAUUUAUGUAUGAACAGCACAUCACGGUCACAACGAGGACUGGAGUUUUACAUAUUAUGUUUGCAUGGUAGAAGAAGGUUUUAAUAUUAUUUGUCGUGUGUCUUAUGAAAGCAAAGAACUUGAGAGUCACACGGUUAAAGGGACGCAGGCGUCUGCGUGUGUUCAUGUGUUGUUUUUUGUGGUUGUUCAUUGUCCCGUUGCUGGUCAUGGCUAGAUAGCUUUUAAGCACUGAGUUCUAUAUUCUAUCGUGCCUACUUCUAGUGGGGGCAGUUUUUGUUUUGUUUUUCUCUGUAGCUGCUCGACUGUUGGAGCAUCAUAUAGCCCGGAUGAAUAAACCGUAGGCUGUAAGGUACAACUGCACUGCUGCCACCAAUGUGUACUUCCAUCUUUGUGAUCGGUCAACUUUUGUUUUUGAUACUUCAUCAAUUAAAAAUAUGUAUUGCCAAUGUAA